AUGGUGUUGGAUAAGAUGCACGCUCGUGCCAAGGUCAGAGGUUUUCUUUCAUGAAUCUAGGACCCGAGUUUUACUCGCUAAAGAUGACAUUACAUGAGACGAUUUGCAACGACAAUUUUGAGUGCAAAACAUUGUAGCAAUGUUGGAACAAUGUUGCAACCAUUCGAAACAAUAUCGCAACAAGCAAUUGUCGUUGCGAAUCGUCCCGUGUAACUUCACCUUAAAACCUUCAGCUAAAACUAAACGUAUGUAAUAGCUUUGUGAAGAAGGAACGAUUGGUUUAACUAAAAAGGAUCUCUGUCUCUAUAAUACAGACACCUCUGUCAUGCGAACACUUGACCCUGUGCCUUUGGUGUCCAUGUAAAAGCCGAAGUUUGACUGUGUUAAUCUUUGCCUCUCUCUGACUCCAGGACGUUAAUACUGACAUGGUGUGCAUUCUCGAAUCUCCUGUUUAUCUAGGGGCCAAGAGCUGUGUUAACACGUCAACCAACGGAAGGUCGCUCAAGGUGACAAGUAGUGGUAUUAUAAUUUACAGGUGUACAAUCGCGUAUAUGGCAAACGGUGUAUGUCACGUUGUACCACGUGGCCAAGUUUUUGCCUUUAGUUGUUGUUUACUUCUCAUUAUACCGACUCCAUAAUUUUCCUAGUUUUUGAAAUUGUUUGCUUGAAUCUGAUUUCCCGAGCGUGAUUCCAAACCUUCCCUUUUAUUGCCAAACUGUAAUUUUAAUUUACCACGACGCGAUUUACUGUAACUACUGUUUUUCGUGUUGUAGAAGGCAAACGACUAGAAUUCAUUUUAGGUCUGUCUUACAAAAGGAGCUAAACUUGGUAACUGAGUAACCNUAGAAGGCAAACGACUAGAAUUCAUUUUAGGUCUGUCUUACAAAAGGAGCUAAACUUGGUAACUGAGUAACCUGGCAUUUUCUUUUUUUUCAGGGACGGUGGCUUGCGAUUGGGUGAAAUGGAGCGCGACUGCUUGAUAGCCUACGGUGCCAGGUGGGUUUACGUUCUGUAAAAUCUCGAUACUUGUUUUAACUGUUAGUCAUAUUAAAUGUCUUUGUUGUUUAGUACACAGCGAAACAAUGGACCUCCCAAUUGGACCACAAGUGUGAGUUUGCGCUUAAGCGCGACUCUUCAAAUCCUGUUAACUUGAAAUUCGAAAGUCAUGAGGUUCCUGUGUAGUCUUUAUGUCUGCUACUGCAAAAUAGUCUUUAGCGUAAAGCAAAUGGGAGACUUUGUACUCCUCUUUUCUGGAUGUGAUGUAUCCAAGUUUUAGACAGGCAGUGUGAAACAAGUGUCUAACAGUUGCUAACUAUACUUACUGUCAUUCAUUUAAACGAAGUAAAAUUAACUAUAUGCAACUAAAACGGGUAAUGCGUGGUGAUUUGCAAUUCUCUGGGUGGAAUCCUUUCAAAAUGAAACCUUAUAGUUGUCAGCUCUGUUACUGAAUAUUUUUUCGUUAUAUGAUUAUCAUCUUUUUUGCUUCGUACCAGCAUGCUUCUGCUUGAAAGGCUGAUGAUUUCUAGUGACGCAUUUGAAGUUGACGUUUGUAGUGAGUGUGGGCUGAUGGGUUACUCUGGAUGGUAA